CAUGCCUUUUUUGGGCCAGGACUGGCGGUCUCCAGGGUGGAGGUGGAUUAAAACAGAAGAUGGUUGGAAAAGAUGUGAGCCUUGCGGUUCAGAACUGGAGGAUGAGAACAAUAAGCUUAACAACAUCAGUCAUGCUGUCAUCUUGAAUGAUGAUGAAGAUAUAUACGGUGCUGAAGACUGUGAAUUCACAAGCAAGAAAAGGAAAAAGGACCAUAUUAGGAAUAAUGCAAAAUCUCAGUGCUUCUAUCGUGAAAAAUGGAUUUAUGUUCAUAAGGAGAGCACCAAAGAACGGCAUGGCUACUGCACAUUGGGAGAAGCUUUUAAUCGCUUAGAUUUUUCAAGUGCUAUUCAGGAUAUCAGAAGAUUCAAUUAUGUGGUUAAACUUUUACAGUUAAUUGCAAAAUCCCAGUUGACUUCAUUAAGUGGUGCAGCUCAGAAGAACUAUUUCAACAUCUUGGAUAAAAUUGUCCGAAAGGUAUUGGAAGAUCAAUACAACCCACGUCUCAUCAAAGACCUUCUUCAGGAUCUGAGUUCUACACUCUGCAACUUAAUAAGGAGCGUUGGGAAGUCAGUUUUGGUAGGGAACAUCGACAUUUGGAUUUGUAGACUGGAAACUAUCCUUUUGUGGCAACAGCAGCUCAGUAAUCUUCAGAUGACCAAGCAAGUCAACAAUGGACUUACACUCAGCGAUCUUCCUUUACAUAUGCUGAAUAACAUCUUCUAUAGAUUCUCAGAUGGGUGGGACAUUAUCACUUUAGGCCAAGUGACUCCCACAUUGUAUAUGCUCAGUGAAGACCGGCAUUUGUGGAAAAAGCUUUGCCAGUACCAUUUUACUGAAAAACAGUUCUGUAGGCAUCUUGUUCUGUCAGAAAAAGGUCUUAUUGAUUGGAAACUGAUGUACUUUGCACUUCAGAAAUAUUACCCCAUAAAGGAGCAAUAUGGAGAUACUUUGCAUUUCUGUCGUCACUGCAGUAUUCUUUUCUGGAAGGACUACCACCUUGCUUUGUUACUGAAGGAUACGGGACAUCCUUGUACGGCCAAUGAUCCAGACAGUUGCUUCAUGCCAGUAUCUCCCCAGCACUUCAUAGAUCUCUUCAAAUUUUAAGUGCAAUCACAUCUUUCUGUUCUUUUUUUGCAU